AUGUUCUGGAGGCGGCUGUGGACCGCUGCAGUCCUACUCUGGACUACAGAUGCAAAUCAUCACAGUCCUCACAGAUUACAGGCCAAGGCCGUAGAUCAUAGACAUAGCGAGAGACGGCCACGAGUGGAGAAGCCAGCUGUGCCAGCUGCAGAGGUUCAGCUUGUGGAAAGGCACAGCAAUCGGCACCAUGGAGACGGCUCCGGUGGCUCCGAUCCGCCAGAGACAUCCAGUAAGACAGCUUGCAAUCCAGAUCUUGAUCUCUUGCGACAUGUCAUGGGCGCACAGAGGAAGAAUUACUUCAAAUCGGGUGAACCCUACAAUGGUGCUGAGAGCCAUGAGAAGGUCGUAGGUCUCUCCAUCCUCAAUCUACCUCGUGGUUGCCAGCACUGGCAGACUGAAGAACAUUGUUGCAAUCGCGGGUUCUUCAAGAAGAUCAGUGAGACGACCAAGAGCAUUGUAGAAGACUUUGCCUUCGUGCGGGAUCAGUACCACAACUUUGAGAAGGAUGUGGUUGAGCCUGCUCAGAAGGCAGCCAUGGACGAUGUGGAAGUCAUAAAGCGCUUGACAGAGGCCACAACUAUUGCAGCACCAGGCAUCCAAACAGUGCUCGACUUUAUUGACAAAUGUGAAGAUCCGCUUCGACUCUUUUUUUCGAGCACUGCCUGCAGUUUGUGUGCUCCGAACUUGGAGAAGAACCUGACCGAGGAGCAAACUUUGCAUGUAGGUCUUGAAAGUUCUCAAGCUCUGCAAAAAGGGUGUCAAAAGAUGCCAGAUCGCUUGGAAGAAGCCGGCAGGGCAUUUCUAAAGGCGCGGGAUCUUCUGAUCGACAUCUCCCAGGAGCCUUGGUACAAUCACACUACAACUUGGCUUGAUCGAGCCGGGAAGUUGGCUUUGAUCCGCUCCAAGAAAGUGAGCUUCUACAAGACAGAGGACUUUUUCAAGGUCGUUGAGAGACAGGGCUACACCUACUCACCAGAGCUGUGGGGCAAUGUCCUGAUGCUUCACAUUUCGUCCUUGGCAAGCGAUCAAGAGAAGCAGAGCUUCCUUCCACAGAAUGAGCUUCACUACUUCAUACCGAAGGUGGGACAACUGGAGAAGUUGAAGAAAGAAGCAGAAACAAUCGAGAGCGAAUUCCAAGGUACACCUGAAGCGUUGAUAGAAAUUGAUGCAGAGGAGUCUGAGUCUGCAGAAGUGGACGAGGGAAGGGAAUUGAAGUGCGAGCAUGGAGAGCACAGGGGCAGCCACUGCGCUUGUUACGAAUGUUGGUCUGGCAUUGAGUGCGACAAGCCCAUGCCUGUGGGGCCCUAUGUGCAGCAGGACUUCGAGCCCCUGGUGGUGCAGAUCGCGGAGGGAGCUCAGCAGUCCUUGGCCAUCCAGGGCUGUGCACUGCAUGCAGAUCUCAGGCACCAGUUGGCGCGCAUCACCUUGAUCCCCGGACAUCAUCCCUCAGAGGCCACAGACAAGGCUGCCAAGGAUUCUCUUUGCCGGAUGGCUGGCAGCCAGCACACAGAGUCCCUCAAAGCCCGUGUUCCGCACACCGUGGCUCAAGAUGAGUACAUCUACCUCAUCGACAUUCCUUUGGGUGAAUCUCCUUGGUAUCAAGUGUGCUACUGCUACGGCGUGGACUGCACUGAUGCCUCCACCUCCGACGGUUGGUAUAGCCUAGGCGAAGUCCAGGUGGUUGAGAGUCAUCAAGAUCGCGACAAGAUUGUCACGCAGAUGUUCACCCCAGAGGCCCUGAAGGAGCGGCGAAUGCGCCAACGGGAGACGAAGAAAAACUGCAGCCACACCUGGGUUCUGCCACAUGACGCCACGUUCUAUCUGGAGCACUAUGCAGACCAAUCACUUUCAAAUGCCGAACAGGCUUCAUUAAUUUGUGGCCUUGAAGAUGUCUCCGAAGGACAUGACCACUUGGGAACCUUGGCUGAAGCCACCAAGGAACCAGAAGAUGACUUCCCGGCAUGUUCCUGGGCAAUGGCUGAGUUGUGCACCAAUGAGACUGCGCAAGAUGUGAUCUCCAAAGAUAGCCCACCUGUGGUGAACAGCUUCUCUGGAGAUGGAUUGGUCCACUACAGGUGUCAACAAGAGGAGAAUGAGAUGCCUAUGCGAAUUGCUGUGAAGGGCUUGAAGGAACUCCAGCCCAAGCAGCAGGUGGUCGUGCAUGGAACCGAAGUUGCUGAACUUCUCGGCUACGACCAGAAAAACAACAAGUACAAAGUCAGAUUUCUCAAGGGACACACCGAGGAGGUGGAGCCCGCAAAACUGGAAAGUCUUUUGAAGGAGACAUCUUUCACCCGGCGAUGCGAGGGCGGCAAGAUCGUUCCACUUGGCAUUGAGAUUCGUUGUUUCAAGGUGCCUGAAGUGGAUGACCUCCCAGAACCAGUCGAAGUCAGAAAGGUUGGGGUGGUGGAGGCCUCUUUUCUCGAAGAACAUGAAGCGGUGCGAAGCCAGGACCUGUCACAAAAGGUCCAGCUGGUCAAGGAGGAACAUGCUCACCUAAAGAUGGCCAGCAAGGUGGUCGAAGUGGUCAAAGAGCAGCCAUUCCUGCUACGGCCGUGGCCCGUGAAACUGUCCGCUGACACAGAUCGCGUCUUCCGUGUGGAUUCGUGCUGGACAAGCCCGCUGAAUUGCAGCGAUGGCCAGCCAGCAGAGGACACAGCUAGGUAUUUGCAGAAGGAAUCAGUCCGGCAUGAAGAUUUGGCUCAGACGAACCGAUCCUGGAUCCUGGGUGCAGGUGGCUUAGCUGUGGCCCUGCUAGUGGUGAGCUGGUGUAGCCUACGCGAGAGAUCGCAGAAAUGA